CCCCGGGGGCGGCAGCCGCGGGACCAUGGCCCGGAGACCCGGGGCGCUGGCCGCCUAUGGAGAGGAGUUCUCCUUCGUCAGCCCGUUGGUGAAAUACCUGCUCUUCUUUUUCAACAUGCUUUUUUGGGUGAUUUCCAUGGUGAUGGUAGCCGUGGGCGUGUACGCUCGGCUGAUGAAGCACGCAGAAGCAGCCUUGGCCUGCCUGGCAGUGGACCCUGCUAUCCUGCUGAUCGUGGUGGGCGUUCUCAUGUUCCUGCUCACCUUCUGCGGCUGUAUUGGAUCCCUCCGUGAGAACAUCUGCCUCCUGCAGACAUUCUCACUUUGCCUCACCAUCGUGUUCCUCCUGCAGCUGGCGGCGGGGGUCCUCGGCUUUGUCUUCUCAGACAAGGCUCGGGGGAAAGUGAGUGAAAUCAUCAAUAAUGCCAUUGUGCACUACCGAGACGACUUGGACCUGCAGAACCUUAUUGAUUUUGGCCAGAAGAAGUUCAGCUGCUGUGGGGGUAUUUCCUACAAGGACUGGUCCCAGAACAUGUACUUCAACUGUUCAGAAGACAACCCUAGUCGUGAGCGCUGCUCUGUGCCUUACUCCUGUUGCUUGCCUACCCCCAACCAGGCAGUGAUCAACACCAUGUGUGGCCAAAGUAUGCAGGCCCAGGACUACUUGGAGGCCAGUAAAGUCAUCUACACCAAUGGCUGUAUUGACAAACUGGUCAACUGGAUACACAGCAACCUCUUCUUACUUGGUGGUGUAGCUCUGGGCCUAGCCAUCCCUCAGCUCGUGGGAAUCUUGCUGUCCCAGAUCCUUGUGAAUCAGAUCAAAGAUCAGAUCAAACUACAGCUCUACAACCAGCAGCACCGGGCUGACCCAUGGUACUGAGAAUUCAUGCUGCGGUCCCUCACUGGCGACAGGUGAAGCCUGCACUGUACCAACUGCAGUGGGUACAGCUCUGGACACAGAAUGGAGAUUUGGAUUCUAGUCCUCCAGCAGCCGCCCAGCAGGAAGAAGCACAUUCCAGAUUGCAGAAGGCAGGGUACACGGGUGGUUCAAGUCUCCGGAGAACGCAGGACGCACCUCCUCUCCCAUCCAAGCCCUCAGCAUUGUUAAGAGUGUUAUUUUUGUAUUGUUUCAGACCUUACUAGGCUGUUGGUUUUCACAGAGGCUACCUACAAGGGCAGCGACCAGGGCAACUCCUGAGCUCGACAUUCAGAUUAUGGUUCUUGCCAGUGAGGCCUGGCUGGAAGUGGACACCAGCAGGCCUGCCUGGACUUCAGCUGGCAUGAUACCAGCUCCAGAAGGGAAAGGGAGUGGUACAGGCAGUGAGCAAGGGGGUCGGCUGGGGACAGUUGUAUGUGCUAGGUAGAAGUGGAAGGGGAUGUGUUUACUAAAUGCCUGCCCUGCCAUCCUCCCAGGUGGUGCGAGUGAGCUAUAUCCUGCCCCUCCUCAUUUCCAUGGAAACAUGGCAGCAAGGACAAGGGUACAACCGUGGCCAAAUUCCUCCCCCUCCCCUUUGAAAAAGGUUUGGAAGCACCGUCACUGUAUUCUGCAGCCAGCAGAGGUGGAACGGAGCCUUACUGCCCUUGAAUUCUUCCCCUGUCUGGCCCUCCCUCUCUAGCAAGUGGAGGUUUCUUUAACCUUGGCAGUGUGCAGAGGAUACGAGAUAAAUCCCCUAGCCACUCCACGCCCUGCAUCAGAGCUCAUUUCUGCACUGAAAGAAGCAGAGGUCUUGCUGGGGCCGGUGAGACAGAAACGGCAAUAAAAGUUUGUUGACCUGGGCUAAGGUAGACACCAUGAAUUUUUCACCCAGGUCAGCAGAAGGCAAGGGGGUGGUAGGGCCCAACCUCAGGGCCUCCCCCCGCAAAAGGGUACUGGAGACUCCCACAAGUGCUCCAUAUUCCUCAACAAGAUGCACUACCCCCUCCCACACCCGCCCUUUCGGGUCUAAAUUAGGUCUAAAGAUUCCCAACAUUUAUGUGGGAACAGCAAAGGUUUAUCCCAAACCUAACGUUAAUUUAUUACUUUGUUCCCAUACUACAAUGAGUUAAAAGCAAUAGCUACUCAAAACUUUUAGAAUGGAAGUAGUGAAGGAGAGCCCGGAAAUCUGCGUCUAGCACUCUCUGCGGGGAGGGGAGGGGCUGGAGCGACGAGAAGGAAGGCAGUCUCUUCACCCCCCACGCUGGGGCCCGCUGGCGCCCCCUAGUCCCCACGGGGAGUCUCUGUCGUAGAGGCUGGGUACCCUAUCCCAUCUUGCCUCAGAGAGGACUUAAAAGCGGAGGUGGA